AUCAUUAAAAUGCAAGCAAAUCCAGCUUUACACACUCCUGCAAAAAAGAAUUGUACAUUUGAAGUUGAAGGAAGACCUGAUGGAGAAGGGUAUAAUAAAAAUAAAUUAAUAUUAAUUCAGAUAUUUAAAUUAAAACAAUGCUAUGUUCGGAAUAAUUGUGAUAUAAGAAUGGUGGGGUUUGAAUGAAUCAAUGGUUAAAACAACUGAUAGAAUAGCCAAGAUGGGAUUUUAAUGCAUCUCUCCUGAUAUUUAUAGAGGUAAAGUAGCUCAAAAUAGAGAAGUAAGAUCAAUUAUUUUAUAAUAGGAAGCAGGCCAUCUUUUGGGAGGAUUAGAUUGGGAAGGAGCUGUCAAAGAUAUUGAAGGAGCAGCAAAACAUUUGAGAGAAAUGGGAUGUAAAAAGGUUGGAGUAACAGGAUUUUGUAUGGGAGGAGCUUUAUCUAUUGCAGCAUUAUCUUUUUCAGAUUAAAUUAAUGCUGCAGCUCCAUUUUAUGGUGUCUGUGAUUUGGAUAAAUUUAAAUUGGAUAAUAUAAAAGGACCUAUUUAUGGAUAAUUUGGUGAGAAAGAUGAAAUGAAAGGAUUUUCCUCUCCAGAUGAUGCUUAAAGAUUAGUUGAAGCGGGGUAAAAAGCUGGAAAAAAUGUGAAAGUCAAGUAAAUAAUAAGUUUGAUUAUAGAAUAUGGCCAGGUGUUGGACAUGCAUUUAUGAAUUAAGACAGACCUGAAGCAUACAAUGCUGAAGUAGCUUAAUAAUCAUUAUAAGAAGUAGCAACUUGGUUUAAAUAAGUAUUUUCAUAAUAAUUAUGAAUAUAUUAUAAACAAUAUUUAU